AGGGAAAUGACGUGCAGCUGUUUUAGUGUUUAUACAGUUUAACUGUAAAUGUACAAAAAGAGGUUCCGGUUAGAUAAAAUCGCCAGAGAUUCACAUGCUCUUCCUUUCCGAGUGAAUGCCGAAGUCGCGAACGGACCAUGUCUAGCGGUUCUGCUGAUUACAACAGCUCACGAGAUCGAGACCAUGGGGGGCCUGAAGGAAUGGAGCCUGAUGGUGUCAUCGAGAGCAACUGGAACGAGAUUACGGACAACUUUGAUGACAUGAACCUGAAGGAAACUCUUCUUCGUGGAAUUUAUGCUUAUGGUUUUGAGAAACCCUCGGCUAUCCAGCAGAGAGCUAUAAUUCCUUGCAUAAAAGGUUAUGAUGUUAUCGCUCAGGCCCAGUCAGGGACUGGUAAAACGGCCACGUUUGCCAUUUCCAUCCUGCAGCAGCUGGAGAUUGAGCAGAAAGAAACUCAGGCUCUGGUCCUGGCACCAACCCGAGAGCUCGCUCAGCAGAUUCAGAAGGUUAUCCUGGCCUUGGGUGACUACAUGGGCGCUUCUUGCCAUGCCUGCAUUGGAGGCACCAACGUGCGGAACGAAAUGCAAAAACUCCAGGCGGAGGCUCCUCACAUUGUCGUUGGCACGCCAGGACGUGUGUUUGACAUGCUGAACAGGAGGUAUCUGUCUCCCAAAUGGAUCAAGAUGUUUGUCCUUGAUGAAGCUGAUGAAAUGCUGAGCCGUGGUUUCAAGGAUCAAAUCUAUGAGAUUUUCCAGAAAUUAAGCACAAACAUACAAGUUGUGCUGCUUUCGGCCACCAUGCCUGCUGAUGUGCUGGAGGUGACCACCAAGUUCAUGCGUGAACCUGUUCGCAUCCUGGUGAAAAAGGAGGAGCUGACUUUGGAGGGUAUUAAGCAGUUUUACAUCAAUGUAGAACGAGAGGAGUGGAAAUUGGACACGCUUUGUGACCUCUACGAGACUCUUACAAUCACCCAGGCUGUUAUCUUCUUGAACACAAGAAGAAAGGUUGACUGGCUGACUGAGAAGAUGCAUGCCAGAGAUUUCACCGUGUCUGCUCUGCAUGGAGACAUGGAUCAGAAGGAGCGAGACAUAAUCAUGAGAGAGUUCAGGUCUGGCUCCAGCAGAGUGCUCAUAACCACAGAUUUGCUGGCUCGUGGAAUUGAUGUGCAACAAGUUUCCCUUGUCAUCAACUAUGAUUUGCCAACAAAUAGAGAGAACUACAUCCAUAGGAUUGGCCGUGGAGGUCGGUUUGGCAGAAAAGGCGUAGCCAUCAAUUUCGUUACUGAAGAAGACAAAAGGAUUCUUCGAGACAUUGAGACGUUUUACAACACAACUGUUGAGGAGAUGCCCAUGAAUGUCGCCGAUCUGAUUUAAACUUCGGAGAUUUUAAUGCAGGGAUAGCUGUUGAAUGAUCACUUCCAUUUGCGCUUAUUUUAUUGGACGAAAUAAAACUACUCCUCAAUGCUGGCUGCGGAUCAGACUUACGAAUUCGAUACGUGACAUUGACUCUCUGUGUGGACGGUUGUAGACUCCAACCAUAUCAGUAUUUACUGGUGGUGGCGUUUACAAAACAUGGGUUCUUUACAUGUAUUCUUUUUCAGGUAUUUUUUCCCUAGUAUGCUCAAAAUGUAUGCGUUAGAUGUUCUUCAUCGUUUAGUAAUUUACUUGUGGACUAAAAGAUACAAGUGCUGCAUUAAGUCUGCCAAUUAUGUUAUGCUAACAUAUGUGUGCAGUUUAACUUGGUUCACUUCACCUACCUUUUUAGUAAUAUAAAGGCACUUUUUAGUUUUGUGGAAUGUAUUAAUUUAAAUGUAUAUGGUUUAUCAAGUACUUCUUUUUGUGAAGUCCUCUUCAAAGGUGGGUCUCAACACCUUAACUCGAUGUUCCAUGUAGUUUGGCCCAUUUGACAAUAAAGAGGAUGAUUAUUCUGUC